CUACGGUAUUUAGUCUGAGUUAUGUCUCCCCAGUGCUCACUCACUCGAGUCAUUAUCCAUUUUCCUAUACAUGCAAGCUAGUAAUCUGUGGGAAACUUUACUAACAAUCAAGAUCUCAAGAUGGUGUCUCAGGAACUACACCACCCAUAUUUCCCACGCAGCCUGAAACUACCAAACUAUGUUCCAAAUACCCUCACAGCACCAGAAAUUCUCACCAUAUUCGGUGGUGCAGUAGCAUUGGUAGGCACCCUGGCAUUCUUUGCUGCCAGCAGGGGGAGACACAGUGUGACAUGCAGGCUAGCCAUCACGUGGUUUGUCAUCUGUGGAUGCAUACACCUUGUGCUGGAGGGAUACUUUGCCAUCUUUUAUAAUGUUAUUAUUGCUGACAAUCAUUUCCUCAGUCAAGUCUGGAAAGAAUAUGGCAAGGCAGAUAGUCGAUACCUGAUCGCGGACACGUUCACCGUCACGAUGGAGUCGCUGACAGCGUUCAUCGAGGGACCGGCGUGCGUGUGGGUGGCGGUGGCGCACGCGCGACGCGGCCGCGAGCGACACGCGCUGCAGCUGCUCGUCUCCGCGUGGCAGCUGUACGGGACGGUGCUCUACUUCGCGACGGAGGCGUUCGACGGCUGGCCACACGCGCACGCAGGAGGACGCGAGUCGGUCUACUUCUGGACGUACCUCGUCGCGAUCAACGCCGUCUGGCUUCUCGUACCGUCGCUGCUCAUCGCGCAGGCGUGGCGGAGGCUGUGUGACGCGCAGUGCGAUCACGACGCACGGAGCGAUGGAUGGAAAAAACAGUGAUAGCUUGCGACGGAUGGAGCGAUGGAUGGCAGGGUUCUGCCCAGGAUUUUUUAGUGCCGGGCGCAUCCAGUUGCGACAAAGUCGGAAGAUGCAAGCGCCGUAGGCGAGAAGCCAAUCUAGGGGGGUCCGGGGCAUGCCCCACCGGAAAGUUUUUAAUUUUGGAGUCUGAAACUCAAUUUCCUGCAUUCUGAGCAAUAAAAAGCCCAUAUAUCAGA